AGCCGCUUGUGCCUCCUUCUCUCCGUGGGAGAGAGACGAAAGCGAGAUGCUUUGAGUUUGUUGUGUGUGUGCAGUCGUGAGGAUGUACUUUGGAUUUUCUCGAUCUGCCUCCAUCCGAUUAAUGAUCUCCACCUGUCUGAUUUCUGCUUUCCGGUCUUCUAUUUUUUUUGUCUCGCGAGAGAGGCCGGCCAAGUAUGACAGCCUCCCCGAGCUCCUCCAGCGGCUUAGAGGUUCUCCUCUCCUCUCUGCAGAAUGCAGGAGAUGUGGAGAGCACUAUAAAUAUCAUCAAUGUCCUGGAUGAACUUCUGUCUGCUGGUACAGAUCGUCGGAUCCACUACAUGAUCAGUAAAGGUUGCAGCGAGGCCUUGCUCACUGCACUGGUGAACACUGGCCGCAGUUUCAGCCCCAACUUCAAUGUCCUCCUGCCGCUGCUGCACCUUCUGGCUAAAAUUGGACACAGAGAUCGCCGUAUAGGUGUGAAAGCAGAGGAUGCUGGAGCUGCGCUGCUGACUCUCAAUCUGCUCAGACAAAACAUCAAAUAUGCCAGGAGGGCUGCUGCCUGUCUCUGGGUGAUCCAAGUCUUUUCUUCAUCAGUUUCUACAGCAAACCUAAUUGGAGAAAACCAUGGAUUGGAAACCAUCUAUCGACUCAUCCCCCACUUUACCACCGAAAAUCUGCACACCAUCAAGGCCGCAAUCGAUGCCUUCGCCGCUCUGCUGUGCACAAGGGCUAACGUUUGCUCGGUGGUAUCCAAGGGUUACGUCUCUGGCCUCUUGCGGCUUUACGAAGACUGGCACGCCAAGGCAAUCCAACACGCCGCCGUGGCGAUCUGCCACUCGCUGCUGCGCUGCCUCCAUAAGGUCACUCACAGUACUGCGGGCAGGCAGGCUUUAGUAUCCCAGGGAGGGAUCCGACUGCUGUACGGAGCGACACAGACAUGUUUGCUGAGUAAAGGCCUGGAGUCUCUGGUGGAACCCACUGUGCAGCUGAUGAGAAAGUGUCUUACCAAAACACCUCUUCCACUGACCUCAGACUGGUCUGCAUACUCCUUCCCCGUGCCCGGAAGAGCGCACGCUGUGCCUGCUAUGGACGUGCAACCAGAUGAGAACAGUGACGAGAGUGACGACAACGAGGCUGAAGCCGUCUUUGAUGACGAUUUGGAAACCGACCUCAACAAACUUCGACUUCGCCCUGACCCGGACAGACCCAAAGAGCUGCUGCCACAGUACAGCCGCCUCUGUCCUGAGCUCUCACAGGAUUUCCAGGAGCUGUGUUUGUGUUCGGAGCCAGAGGAGAGUUCAGCAGCAUCAUCGUCUUCAUCAGACGAGGACGCUGUGCUGGUCAGCGGUUUACAAUUGCAGCGCUCCGGGACGGAUGGUGGGUGGAGCGAAUCCUCCAACUCCUCGUCAGCGUCAGACACUGUGGGGCACGCACCAGCUGCUGCCCAUUUAGAAGCCCGUGAUUUCCACAGUCACAGAAGCAUCCUCACCACCAGCUCCAGCUUUAGGACCCAGGUUAGAGAUGCAAGUGAUGACGCCUGCCGAGGUCAGAGUGGAGAAGACGAGCAAGAUGUAGAUGCAUCCAACCACCGUAGCAUGAUAGACAGGUUAUUGGAGAAGCAUGGACCCUGCAUCCCCCAUCAUGAUCCCAAGAUGUACCGCGCUGCAGCUGCCACAACCAAAUCUAUUCCAGGGUUCAGCGUCCUGGCUUUCCCUGACGUCUGGGGACACCUGCCGAUGCCGGGACAUGAACCCAUGGCCCCGCGCAAACCCAACGUACAGAGGCAGAAAGUGUUUGAGGAUGCCCAGCGCUUUCUGAUUACUGAUGGAAUCAUCAACCAGGUCGUGUUUGACCUGGAAGACAGCAGUCUCCAGUGUCCAUCUGAUUCCCUAAGGUUUUUCUCAAAGUUUGAAUGUGGGAACCUAAGGAAGGCUGUUCAGGUCCGCAGAUGUGAGUAUGACCUCAUAUUGAAUGCAGACGCUAACAGCAGCCAGCACACCCAGUGGUUCUACUUUGAAGUCAGUAACAUGGUGGCAGAGGUUCCUUACCGUUUCAAUGUCAUCAACUGUGAGAAGAGCAACAGCCAGUUCAACUAUGGAAUGCAGCCCGUGCUGUACUCGGUAAGGGAGGCUCUGGAAGGCAGACCUCACUGGGUCAGGACCGGGACUGAAAUCUGUUAUUUCAGGAACCACUUUUGUCCAGCUCGGGGAAGAAGGAAAACGACAUUUUACACUCUAACCUUUACCAUCACCUUCAAGCACAACGAGGAUGUGUGCUACCUGGCCUACCAUUAUCCCUACACAUACUCUGCUCUCAAGGCUCACCUGAAGGUGCUGCAGAAGUCAGUGGACCCUGCCACCGUCUUUUUCCAGCAGCAGGUUCUCUGUUGCACUUUGGCUGGAAACCCGUGUCCUGUGGUCACCAUCACCGCCUGUCCAGCCAGCCGGGCCUGGAAAGACAUGCACCAACUGCGUAAUCGUCCCUGUAUCAUGCUGACAGGCCGCGUCCAUCCCGGCGAGUCCAAUGCCAGCUGGGUGAUGAAGGGCACCCUGGAGUUUCUGUGCAGCAGUGACCCUGUGGCCCAGAGUCUGAGGGAGGCCUUUGUCUUCAAGCUCAUCCCCAUGCUCAACCCGGACGGAGUCGUCAACGGCACGAAUCGUUGUGAUCUGAGCGGCGAGGAUCUAAACCGUCAGUGGUCUAAACCGGACCCCGUCCUCAGUCCCACCAUCUACCACACCAAAGGGCUGCUCUACUACCUCAGCAGCAUAGGGCGGACUCCACUGGUGUUCUGUGACUACCACGGCCACUCGAGGAAGAAGAACGUCUUCCUGUAUGGUUGCAGCGUGAAGGAGACUCUCUGGCAGUCUGGCUCUGCCGUUAACACCGUGGGAUUGAAAGAGGACCCUGGCUACAGGACCAUUCCAAAGACCCUGGAUCGUCUGGCACCGGCCUUUUCUUUCAACAGCUGCAACUACUUGGUGGAGAAGUCCCGCUCCGCCACGGCCAGGGUGGUGGUCUGGAGGGAAAUGGGGGUUCUGAGGAGUUACACCAUGGAGAGUACCCACAAUGGCUGUGACCAGGGCAUUUACAAGGGCCUGCAAACAGGAACCAGGGAGCUGCAGGAGAUGGGCGUGAAGUUCUGCCACAGUCUGCUCUCUGUGACCAAAGACGUGAAGUCGCUCUACAGCCAAAGACUCAUCAGCCACAUGGACAACAACGUUGUGGACCACAAGUCUCACAACUGCUUCGAGGACGACGAGCCCCCGUGCGUGGAGGAGAUCGAGUAUUCCGCAGACUGUCCUGGCCUCAGCGCCGCCGAUCUGGAUUCGGACGUCAAUGCCCACACCACGGCUGCCGAUGAAGAUGAGGAAGGCGACGAAGGACCCGGGGAGGCAAAACUUCGACGCGGCAGCGUUGGCCAAUCGCUGCAGUCGAGCACAAGGGGCCGGCUGUUCCCUCCCGCCAUGUGACCGGCGAGGAAACAAACGCGUGAGCAUCAUCGCAGCAGGUCAGGACUGAGAAGUCGACAAAGGUGUUAUUCUACUUCUAAGGGCCAAUCACAGUGAGAUGCUCCUGGAAUCCACGCUUCAGCCAUUUCUUUUUCAGCCAUUUCUGUAACGUCUCCCAACUUUGCAGCGCCAGGUGCAGAGCUGCACCCCUCGGUGAUGUCAAAAAUUGAUCGAGGCUACCAAUUAAAUCCAGAGAGAAGCAGGUUCAACUACUUUUCCAUUAAGUUCCUGUUUUUAUGCCGGUCGAUGAGGUCAGAAAGAAUAUUGAUGUUAGCAAAGGUUAAUAGUGAAUAAUAAAUAGAUCCAUUUUCUCCUCAAAUAGCAGCGAGUUGUCUGCAUUGAAUCCUUUUACCCAGCUCACUCUUCAAAGCAGCGUUUGUUGCAUUACGUCUGGAUGUGAUUCCAAUUCACAUAUUCACACCAAGCAUUUCAAUGAAUAUUGAAGGGCAGCAAUGUAUUCCAAGCUAAAGUCUAUAAAGUGUAGUAUUAAAAAUAUAAUCUAAAAAAGAGCUGCACUCAUAUUGAGUGAAGCGGAGGAUGGCAACAUAUUGGAGAUGUCACUCUAAAUGAUUCUUUCUGUCACCACAGCAGUGUUACGCCAGGAUAGUCUUAAUGGGGGGUUGGUCUGAUGCAGACGUGAUACAAGUUAACCUGUCUAUGAAAAGAACAAACACAUAAUAAGCUCAUCUUACAUCCACAACGAGGGACAACUGACUUUUCAAAAGUAGAUUGUACAGCUUAGAAUGAUUGGUCUGUAUUUGGUUUGUUUUACUCAUUAAGUGUGAACGAAGAUGCAGUGUGUUCUGUGAUGUAGUAUUCCAGUUCCUUUUGAACCACCCAGUUUGCCACUAGUACUUCAUCUAUACAUCAUAGGAAGUACUUUGGUACGUCUCAAUCCACUCGUUGGGAGAUUUGGCUGCUUAAGGACUACCUCAAUGACCUUUUUGGUUUGGCCCUGAAGCAGGAAGUUGUGGAAGGGAUUAAAAGCUUCAAAUCUUGUAGAACCAAACAACAAACGUUCCCUAACCCAAUUAGGACUAGUCUAACUAGCAAAACUAAACCAGAAAUUAGGAGGUGUAGACUGUAUUUUCAUUGGGUAACCUAUCAAUUUAUUCAGCCUUUGGAAUUUAAACUGAAACCGAAAGCUCUCGAUACAAAAUAUGUUCCUGUUGCCUUUUAUUCUCUAUAUAUGAAUAAAGAAUCUGUUUAUAGUAAUUUAAUUAACUAGUAUGUCUAUAUAUACAGUAUUGAUAUGUUGACUCUUGUAUCACCGUUUUGAAUUUAAUGGUGAAUAAAGGAAU